UUUUUUUUUUUUUUUCUGUCUUUAACUAAUUUACAUACAACUCUAUAUAAAAUGCAAAAGCCAAGAUCAGACAAUUCUACUAGCAAUAAUCAAAUAAAUGAAAGUCAAGAUGAAGCGGAAUUGCUGUAAAUAUGAAUAAUGAUCAAACCCAUUUCAUCAAUAACAAUUUCAAUAGAUUAUAUAAAAAACUUUUAUCGGAAAAGAAUAGAACAAUAGAAGAACUUGAACGUACACAACUAAGCUUACAAAAAAAUAUACCCAAAGCUAUUAAAAAGCCAAAUAUAUCACGAGCAGCAUUGGCGUUUUCUUUAUUAGAAGACUUGAUAGACGAAUGUAUAUAUGAUGUAUUAUUUGAUGUACAUAGAGAUAUUAAAAAGCAAAAUUCAAUAUGUCAAAUUUGUCAAACAAAAUUUCGAAAGCCUGGAUUUGAUAUAUGGGGGAACAGUUAUACGCUCAAUAAUUUGCCUUCUUAUGAAUGUGUUAACUGUCAAAAAAUGAUUGCAGCUUCACGAUAUGCUCCUCAUUUAGAAAAAUGUUUAGGAUUAUCAGGAAGUAGACAAUCAAGUAGAGUUGCAAAUCGAAGAUUAGGUAAUUCGCCUUCAUUUUCAUCUGAUGAUAAUAGUCCGGAUAGUGACUAUAAAAGAGAAAACAGUUAUUGUCUAGUAAAAAAGUUAAAAUAUGGUACAGAUUAACACCUUCCUUUUUAGGGGAACAAAAGAGUUUAUUUGUAAUUCAUUCAUACGUCUAUUUUAUAUAAAUUUAUAUUUUAAAAUUGUAUUUGAUGAUAAUAAUAAAAAGCAAUAAAUAUGAAGA